AUGAUUGACUAUAGAUUUGGUUAUGAAGAAGAGGGCGAAUUAAAACAGAAAGGACUUUUUUUUUCGCCCAAUUCAAGUUCUAUUUUGUUAACGAAAAACCAAUUUCCAAUUUUCGAAUACGUUUCAUAUGAUAAAAUUCAAGAUUUAUAUGAACAAGGGAAAGGACAUUUCUAUUUUAUCCCUGAUGGUUUUGAACCUGUUCUAGUGCCAAACGACAUCAAAGAUCAAACGGUCACCAAUCUGUUGCAAUCCACUAAACCGGUUUCGACAGCACCUAACGUGUCAAGAAUGCUGCUUGACACUGACGUUCGUCUACCAUCAUACGCAUUACCUUGUACAGUUAACAAUAAUACUGACAAUGAUCAAGACGACAAUAACCAAGAUAAAUCGACAACAACCACCACAAACGCUGGCGCUACAAAGAAACCACCACUUUCACCUUCUUCAUUAUUAUUACCCGACAAAAAACCUCCAAGACCACCAAACGCUUUUAUUCUUUAUCGAAGGGCAAAACAACCUUCAAUAUUGGCUAAAAAUAAUGGUGGAAUAUCAAAUAAUGAUGUUUCGAAAGAAAUUGGCAAAAUGUGGCAUGAAGAACCUGAGGACAUUAGACUCAAGUAUCAGAAGAUGGCUGAAACUGCUAAACAGGAGCAUAUGAAAAAAUAUCCUGAAUAUAGAUACAAGCCUCGACGUCCCGAAGAGAAAAAACGUCGUCGCAGUAGUAAAUCUUCUUCUCAAACUCAACAUGAGAACAAUGGUAAAGGACUACUACUAGGUGAAGGGCACGAAGGUGAUGAUAAUUUUAGAGAUCCAGUUCCUGAACACAUAAAAAAAGCUAUAACUCAUAAAGUAUUAUCAAAGCAGCGUAUAAAUACUACAACAAUUAAAGAUCGCAAUGAAAAGGUUUCAAGAAUAAUCCUGAAUGAAGAGAACAACAACAAUAAUGGUAAUGUUGACGAAGCAUUUAUAAUUACAAAGAUUAAAGAAUUGACAACUUUAAAAAAAAAUUUAUUUCAAAAAUUACAUGUAUAUAUUCACUUGUUGAAGAAAGCAAGUUCAAUAUGGAAGUCUAAUUUACAUCUGAAAGGAAAUGAUAUGCAAGUCUUUUUUUACUUGUCAGGAGGAGACCUUCCAAUUGAUAAAGCGAAAAUCAAAAUGAAUGAAAAUUUAUCAAAAAUCGAGGAUUUGAUCUUGACAAAUAAAUUUGUACCAUUUCCACAAAGGCCAAAGCAACAAAUCAACAACAUCAUAAAAUAUCAGGAAAAUUUAAAACUUAAAAGUGUUGAAAAAAAUCAUCAUUGUCUAAAUGACGGUUAUGAAAAUAACAUAACCUCAAAUAUUAUCCCAAGAGCAAUUAUUCUCAAUCCUAAAUUGGUCACAUUAUGGAAAAAUAAUGGAUACAAAGAUAUUUUCCACGAUUACAAUGAUUUAGUAUUAAAAGCAACUUAUCUCAUGUUAUUUCCACCAACUAUUUUCAACAACAACAACAAUACUAAUAUUCCAGAUUUAACUAAAGUUGUUUCAAGAUUGAGGGAAUUUGUCAAUUUGGGGUUUAAAUUAACCAAACUAGUCAUGGGUGAUGUGUUGCUAUUAUUUGAAAAUGAAUUAUCGAUGAUUGGUGAAUUAAUCUUGAAAUCAUUCCAAAUAUUCAGAAAUGAAGAUAUACAACAAAUCUUGGAAUAUUGUUUGGUUCAAAUCCUCAUGCCUGAAAAAGGUCUAAAAAAUUUAACCAUUUUAGAAUUCUUGUAUGAAAAACUUGAAAAUCCCGAAGAAAGUUUCCUGAAAGUAUUAAAUAAAUAUAACAUAGGAAAUCAAUACUGUGAUUGUGAUUGUGGUCGCAAUCAUGGUGAUAAUAGUAAUAGAUUUAUACGAUUAUUUUCGUUGAAUUUAAGUGUUUAUUCCUGGAUAUUCAAAAAAUUCGAAUCUGACUCUAGAGUUACGUCGAGAUGUUUCGAUGAAAUUCUAUUGGCUAGAUAUUAUAUGGACUCCCAAUCAAUACUCACACAUAUUAAGAUGGAACAAGAUGAAUCAUUAAAAACCAUUUUUGAGACUUUCGAUAAACUGUGCAAACAAUUCUUCUUCUCAGAAAUUCCCUAUAAAACCUACCAUUUGAAAUAUCUGAUUAAAUCGGAUGAAUCUGUUUUGUUGAAUCGAUUUUUCCGGAAAUUUAUACCAAAUUUAUUUAAAAUUAAGAAAAACAGCAAGACUUUAAUAUUUAACACCGAGUUACAAGUUAAUUGGUAUGAAAAAUUGUCCAAAGUAAAAAGUAAUUUGGAAUAUUAUAAUGAUAAUAAUUUAUUUAAAAGUCAAUUUAAUCAAUUUGGUGAAAAAUUAAGUAAAAUGAAAAUUCUUAGUGAACUUCCUCCUUUUUCUAAUUGUUCGAGCAUUAAACGUCCAGUUAAUGGUGAAUCUAAUUUUAAACAAGCCAAUAAAAAGAAAAUCAAAAUUACUUGA